AUACUUUUUUCUCCCUUUAUUCCUCUUGCCGUUUACCUGUUAUUUGCCACAGGUGCAGACUGCGGCAUAUUCCCAGAAAUGUACGCAACUUGGACAGCCUACGCUUUCUGAAUGUGGCCUCUGCAGGUUCCCUCUCAUUCUCAAUCGGACUUUGGAACUGCCAAUCUGCAGUCAACAAGGCAGAUUUUAUUCCUUUGUUCCUGAGGACAACCUCCUGGACACCAAGCAGUCUGGCUUCAAGAGCAAUCACUCCACGGAGAUUGCUCUGCUUUCCAUCACUGAAGCCUUACGACUAGCAAGAGCAACCUCUAGAUCAUCUGUCCUCAUCCUACUUGACCUCUCUGCUGCUUUGGACACUGUGAACAAUCAGAUCCUCCUGUCAACUCUCUCCAGCCUGGGCAUCACUGGAACAGUUCUGCGCUGGGUGGAAUCCUAUCUCCCUGAAAGAUCCUUCAAGCCUGACGAUCCAUCCGUCUCCGCACGCAUCUCUGCUUGCCUGUCGGACAUCUCGGUCUGGAUGAGGGAACACCAUCUUAAGCUCAACCUGGCAAAAUCUGAGCUUCUCGUGAUCCCAGCCUGUCCCUCAAUCAACUACAACCUCACUGUACAGCUCAGCUCAACCACACUCAAGCCAACCAGGACAGCCAGGAACCUUGGGGUGAUUCUUGAUGACAACUUGAGCUUUACAGACCACAUCUCAACAACUGCAUGGUCCUGUAGGUUCAUCCUGUACAACAUAAAGAAAAUCAGACCCUACCUCACCGAACAGGCUACAGAUACUAGUCCAGGCUCUUGUUAUCUCAAAACUGGACUAUUGCAACUCACUACUUUCGGGCCUCCCAGCAGCUCCAUCAAACCCCUUCAGAUGAUUCAGAAUGCUGCAGCACGCCUCAUCUUCAACCAGCCCAAGAGAACCCAUGUCACACCCCUCUUCAUCUCCCUCCACUGGCUUCCUGUAGCUGCCUGCAUCAAAUUCAAGGCCUUGAUGCUCACCUACAAGACCUUGUCAGGAACAGCACCCUCCUACCUCAACUCUCUCCUGAUGGCUUACGUUCCCUCUCGCAAUCUGCGAUCGAUUAGCGGCCAACGUUUAUUAGUUCCCACUCAGCGUGGCGCAAGGUCCCUUUCAAGAACCUUCACACUAACUGUUCCUCAGUGGUGGAAUGAACUUCCAACCUCAACCUGGACCGCAGAAUCUCUCACCAUCUUCAAAAAACAGCUAAAGACCCACCUCUUCCAUGAACACCUAACCAACUCAUAAUAAAAAAUAAAAAAUAAUCAUUUUAAAAAAUGCACUUACACCUCUACUCUGCACUUUGCUUCUUCUGGAAUUCAGUUAAUAGAUCUUGUAUGGUAACACUUCUUGUAUUGUUCUCUGCUUGAUAUAUCGCUUUGCUUGUAUCUUUCUCAUUUGUAAGUCACUUUGGAUAAAAGCAUCUGCUAAGUGAAUAAAUGUAAAUGUAAAAAGCCUUUGGUUUGGUUCUUAAAA